AUGGACAACAAUGUUAAUGCUGAAAAUCAAUCUUUGGAACUUGAAAUUGGUAAAGAAUUUUCCUCUCUUGUUGAGUUAGAAGAUGCAAUUUCAAAGUAUGAAAAUAAGACCAUGUCCAACUUUACGAAGUUCAGUUCUAGGACCAUUGAAGGUGCUAGAAAAAAGGGCUUAAAAAGGCACAUUAAUCCAAUUUUGGAAUAUGUCGCUCUUGAUUAUAGAUGUGUACGAAGUGGUGAGUACAAAAGCCAAUCAACAGGUCUCCGGCCGCAACAAAGUUCUUUUCGUUCAAAUUGCCCUGUGGUUUUGACUGUUCGACCCAAUGAUUGUGGAGAAAAAUUAGUCAUAAAAAGUUUUAUUAGUGAACAUAAUCACAUAUGCAGCAAGGCAAUGUAUGAUCACUAUCCUAGACAAAGGAGGCUGGAUACUGAUUCUAGAAUUAUGGCAACGAAAUUGGUAACGAUGAAGGUUAAUAAAAAAAUAUUACAAAAUGAUCUGAUGAAAACCCACAAUAAAAUAGUAACGUUGAAGGAUAUACAUAAUUUGGUUAUAUCCAAAUCACCGGCAUCAGACGCCUUAAAAAUAUUGGCAACUAGUUAUGAGGGAACUGACGUCACCCUUAAUAUUUUAUAUUAA